GCCAAGACUGAAGAAUCGAGUCUUGGUUAAUUAGUUUAGUUUAGGCAUCCGAUUUAAAACCCUACAUUUCAGCAAUGCAUUCAAGAUAUACAUAUGCAUCCGUAGCACCAUACCACUUCUAAUGCUUCGAUUACUUUUCUCAUCCCAACCCUGUGACCGCGGCCGCUACUUGACUCCAUACUGUCCCCGUUUCAUCUCUUUUACGUCCCCUCUCCGGGCCUCAUGGAUGGACAAGAUGAAAGGAUUGUUAAUUGGCCAGAAGACCACCACCGAAUCCGAGAAAUCCGCCGAAUCUUUCACCCUUUUGGGGUUUGCCGACGCAAUGAGCAAAGCCAGGAAGUUGGGGACUUUGAAGCAGUAUGUAGUGGGGCGGAGCAGUGAGGCUACUUUUCAGGAUGCCUUCAGAAAGCAAGAGGCCAUAAUCCGAUAUCUGGGGGGUUUUGAUCCUACAGGGGAGAAUAUUAAAGCUAGUCAAAAGAUGGAGGCAGCAAAACAGUGUGAUUGCACACUUUUAGAUGUUGAAAACGCCUUGUCAAAGUUUACAUGGGCAAAAGAAGCACAAAAAAAGAUUGAACAACUUAAAGCGGAAGGCAAGCCAAUGCCAAAGAGCAUGGCAGAGAUGCAGAAAUUGAUGGGAUCAUCCCCCUUAGAUAUUGCACGCAAUAACUUGGCUAAGAGUGGGCAAAUAAGUAGGAAUGCACCCUGCCCCUGUGGUUCUCGGAAGUUGUACAAAAGAUGCUGCGGGAAGGACAAAAGCAAUUGAUGGUGAAAUUCCAUAAAACUGGCAUGGUUUAGGAUGCUUGGAGAGCUGCAAGCAGUAGACCCCAGCCCUUACUUCUAAAAUUGCCCUUUGCUGUAUGCUAAGAUAAUACAAUUUGCAGCAUGGUGGACCUACUCAAUGGGUAGUUUGCAACAAGCUUUACAUGGUCUUAUCUAGAUGGCAAAUUUUAGUUUAAGCCAAAAUAUACUCUAAUUUGCUUUCUUUUCUCCGAAAGGCUCUGGAACUUGCGCAAGUAAGCCGGCCAUUAUGACUUGCCAUGCUAGUAGGAUUAUUAGGAUAAAUCGGAUAUAUGAGGAACUCCUCUUAGAGCCAUAGUUUAUUAAAAUCGUUUUUCUGAUGAUUUGAUCAAUGCUAUAUGAUGAUAGCUGUAUUGAAGCAAGGCAGAUGCUAUUGGCUUUGUGUAGAAUCAACUUGAACCAGGAAUUGGACCUGAAAAGAAACCGAAUUUUGUUUGGAAUUGAGA